CGCGAGUUUACAGAUGUGCUGAGUGAUUGAGUGAUUCGCUGUGCGCGACUUCAUGCGACAGCAGGAAGGAUUUAUUUACUUGUCUCGGAAAGGACCCAAAAAGCGGAAGCAUUUCCGAGUUUAAAUUUACGAUGACAUCAUCCCUUCCCCCAGCUGGGUCAUCAUUCUGCCACACAACGUGAUGGGGCAAUUUGGAGGAGAUGGGCCGUCCCACCGUGCUUUUGUCUCCCUGGGGGGAACGGACGCUUUAAGCCCUUGAAAGCCCCUCCGGAGGGCUGGGAUGGGACAGAGCUCUGAUUGGUCCUCGCCCGCCCUGUAAGGAGCUGUCGGCCAAUUGAGUGCGCAUCGGGGAGGAACAUCGUGGAUCAUCACGGAUACAUUGAAAAGUCUUCUUCGCAAGUGAUCGCCAUCAUGGAGGUGCCCACCAUGAUCCCACCUGUGCCCUUACCCCGGACUCUUCUUAAGCCCCGUCUCUCGACUCUGGCCACGGCGGAGAAGCCCUCCCUGAACGAGCCGCCGCCGGAACAAGAGAAGCCCCAGGAAGAGAACCACCCAGAGGACGAUCCGUUUGCAGAGGAGGAGGAGGAGGCGGAGAAGAGCAUAGAUGUGACAAUUUCCUCAGUGGAGAAGGUGGAAAAGAUGGCGGAGGAGGAGAAGAAGACCGCGGAAGAGGAGGAGGAGGCGGCAAAGGAGAGGGCGGCCCGGAGGCAGCUGAUGGCCGUCCAGGAGUUGGUGCAGUCUGAGAGGAAUUACCUGAGAAUGCUGCAGCUCACCACGGUGACCAUCAGGAGCAACUUGCAGAAGCUGCAGCCUCCGCUGGCAAACCUGGACGCCAUCUUCCAGUUCGUGGAGGAUGUGAUGGACGUGUCCAGUCGGCUCCUCAGUCUGCUCGAUCAGAAGGAUCUGCGGCCCGGAGAGCCGCUCUUCCUGGAGGCGCUGUGUGACUCGUUCCUCAGCCUGUCCUCCGACAUCGAGGCGGCCUACAAGGAGUACCUGGCCAACUACAACCGGGUCACCGUGGUCGAGAACUCCUACAAACAGAAGGAGGCGCUGUGGGACCAGAUCAUAAAAGUCAUCAAGACUUCGGCGCCCGAAGUGAACGCCAGCUCGCUGAGUUUCUUCCUGGUGAUGCCCGUCCAGCGCAUCGCCCGCUACCCUCUCCUCCUGCAGACCAUCCAGAAACACACGGAAUCCCUGCACCCGGCCUACGCCCUCCUGGAGCAGACGGCGCACACCUCCGUCGCCAUCAACUGUCGCAUCAAUGAGUACAAGCGUUUCCGGGAAGUCGCCGACAAGUACAAGAAGAGCGAGACGCUGAGCAUCAUGGACAAGAUCAACCGCUUGAACUCGCGCAGCAUCGCGAAGAAGACGGCCCGGAUCGGGCAGUUCAUCAAGCACGAGACCGGCAUGGUUCCCAAGCUGGUAGAUGAGGAGUUUGACGCGCUAGAAGGUUUCUUUUACGUCCUGGAGCACGGCAUCCUGCAGCUCCUGGACAAUGUGGAGCUCUACCUGCAGCACCUCCAGACUUUCUCCAACUGCAAAACGGAGGAGUUCGACCUGGACAUGGACGGGGAGAAGGUGCCCAUUUGCUACAAGGAGAUCACCAAUGGACUCCGGCAGUGGAUCCUGCCCGUGUUUGAAGAGAGGAUGAGGACGUUGAUCCACAAGCCCCUCUGCGCCCUCCGCGACCUCCUGGUGGGCCCGAGGAACCUGAUCCGCAAAAGGCUGCACAAGCUGCUGGACUACGAAGUGAUCGAGGCCAAACCUUCCCCGAGUUACGACGAGCAGGCCGUCGCCAACACGUACAGGACGAUGAACACGUUGCUGCUCAACGAGCUUCCCAAGUUUAACGACUCGGCGCUGCAGCUGAUCUGGAGGAUGCUGGGAACUUUCAGCUGCCUGCACAAAGACUUGGCCUCUGACCUGGAGCAGCUGUUCCAGAGCUUCGCCCAACAGCUUCCUCACAGCUCUUUGGACGCGAGCGCGUUCUGGGAGUGGGCCGAGACGGCGGUGCUCGAAGGGGCGAGGAGCUUGGACGCUUUGGGUCAAAGUGUGGAGGAGACGCUGCUGGGGCCUGCCUCUCAGCCCCUGAACUCGUCCUCGCAGCAGCGCCUGCGGAUGCUGACGGACAAGCACGGCUCGGACAAGAUCUACCAGGUGCUGAGCGCCGUGGUCGGGGGCCGGGACCUGGACCUCACCCUCGCCAAGGGGGAGCUCGUGGCCCUCAUCAGCCAGGCCGAUACCCGCGGGGACAGACGCAGGUGGCUGGUGGACGCCGGAGGCAGGCGAGGCUACGCGCCGGCUUCCAGGUUGAUCCGCUAUCACCAGGCGGAGGAGAGGUCGCCCCCCUCGCCCCACCUGAGCCUCCCGCAGAACGCCAGCAGCUUCAGGAGACACUCGUACACAACGGGGUCCCCCUGCGCCACGGCGACGGCGGCGCUCGGCCAGCCGUGUUUCCAGGUGUGCGCGGCGUACGGCUUCACGGCACGAGGGAACCACGAAGUCUCGGUGGCGGUGGGCGAACCCGUGCGCGUCCUGGAGCCUCACGACAAGCGAGGCAACCGCGAGUGGAGCCUGGUGGAGGUGCGAGACCGGCAGAGGGGCUACGUCCCCUCCAACUACCUCGCAGUGGCGCCCGUCGCGAGCACGCUAGCCGCCCGCCACCCGUCCUGCUAGCUGUUCGGCGGCAACAGCCAGCUCGCGGCUACGCUGUCGUCCCCGCAUAGACGCCGAAGGAACAGAUGCUUCUUGUUGCCACGGAGACAGCUUCAGUGCAGAUCACGUGACUGUGAAGAGUCGCCGCUGUGGAAUGUCAGCCAAAUGAAUGAAAGAACACUGCACAACGAUGCCUCUUCUGUGCAUUUGAACUGUUCUGCAUUUUUAAUUUUUUAAAAUUUUUUAAUGUUAUUUUAUUUUGAAGGAGUCCAAUGUACAUAUAUGAAGACUGUCUCUGGCAUUGCACUACUGAACAAAAGAAGCGUCAGCAUUGGGUAGGACUGAUAUCGUAAAUAGUCUGCUACGAGGUAAGCGUGAGAAUCACCGGCUUGGAAAGUAUAAAUAAGCAGAAUAGUUUUAAAAAAAAAUACUCUACAAAGUCCCAAAACAAUAAAUACAUUGAUAAAUCAAUAAAAGUCUCGGACGGGUAAUAUACAUGUAAUUAAAGCGCUCGCUCCUCUUGCCUGUUUAUUGACUAUAACCAUCACUGUGCAUUGUGGAUAUAAACUAUACAAAAUAAAGAAGUCGUUUGUGGUAUUUUGGGGCAUAUGCGCGCACAAUUUAAAUAUCUGAUUAAUGUGAUCUAGUGAUGUCACCACUGAGUACUUUUAAAUUGAUUAUUCCGUCAGUUAUUCGGAGAAAAAGAGGACGUUUAUUUUGCAUGUAAGUUUAUUGCACAAUCUCUUUGUUUUUCAUUAACCAUUUAUAGUUAUGUGUUUGGUAUUGUUUCAGCAAAACCAAAUACAUAAUUAAGCAAUAUGACGCAAGUGGGGUUGAUGUACUUUGUACUUUCAACCUAUUUGAAACUGACUACGACUACUUCUUGGGUACUGAUUUAAUGUGAAAUAUUCUACUUUGUUAUUGAAUUCGGAGGCUGCUUUAUGUUCAAAUAUUGUACACUAUUCCUACGAAAAUUCCAAUAAAUAUUUUCCAAUAUAGUAACCUUUUUUUUUUUUUUUUUUGCUCAAAGUUAAAGCAGAUGUUUACAAAUUUCUUAUUUUGAAUCAACACAUCAGUCUAUUUGCUGGAAGGACUCCAGAAAUAAGAGAAUAUUUACUGUUGAGAAGCUGAAUGUGGAGGAUUUGGACAGUUUGAAGUUGGCUACGUGUUUAUAGUCAUAAUCCACAGAAUAAUAACUUUAAAAAACUGUAUGAUCAGGCACAUGUGCAUAUAACUUAAGUGUCACAUGACUAAUGCGAUCGCUCCUCUCAGCUUUUAUCCACUAUCACCGCCAUCUAAAUUAACACGAUGAUUAAAAAUUAUCCGCAGAUUAAAUGAAAACACUUUGGCACACAAUUUUCAUCUUGCGAUGGAUGCAGUCGCUCUUCAGGAGGACGAUGAUAAAUAAUCCACAACAUCAAAAUUGUAAUUGCUACUCUGCUAAUUACUAUUCACAACCACCUUGCAUAGUAGAAAUGAAUACAAGUAGAAAUAACAUGGUAGUAAAUGUGUCAUAGUAUUGCAAAUGAUAUAACUCCAGAUUUAAAAUACCGUAUGAUUCUGCAAAUAGGUUAGUUGCCCAAGUGCAUGCUGGGAGUAUUUACAACACAUUUUUCCGCGUUAUAUUGUACAGUGUGCGCGUUGGCGGUAUUAACACCGAAAUACACAAUUGUCUUCUGGUUUUGAAUAUAUGUUGAAUUAUUGUUUCAUUUUUUUUAUUAACUUAUUGCCGACAUCCCAGAUGUCCAUCUUGUUGAAUGUAGCAGCGAAAUUAUUGCGAAAGACUCUUCAAUAAAA